UCAAUUGUACAACAAGCAAAUGUAACAAGUAGCAGCGCACACGCCAAACGACUUAACAGCUACAGCUGCAACUGCGUCCAAAGUGAGCGAUACACUUGACCACAAACCAACUGGGGAGCGACGCUGGCUUCACACGCUGAUGACUACUUAUGUGGCGUCGCGCGCCGGCAAUGUUUCGGAGCAUUGGAACGCUUUGAAAAUAAAAUGUACAUUUAGUAAAUCCGCGACGGCUUGCGUGUGCGUUUGGCAAGUUUCUAGAGUUGUUGCUAGCGGAUAGUUUGCGCUUUUGCCAUUUGCCGGUCUCACGUGCGGACUACAACAAGCGUACGCUGGAAUAUACAUAUGUCUGCAGUGUGUAUAUGAAUUAGAUUCUUGGGCUUAUGAUGGUGAUAUGCGGGGUGAUGAUACCCACAAUGAUGCACAAUGUGUUGCUCUUGAAAAUGACAAAGUGUCUGCAGCUGUGAUGGUGCUAUUGUGACCGACAAUUAAUUUGGUGGCGCGAGUGUGACUAUAAAUGUCAUGUAAACGAGUAUGAAUGUAAUUAUAUUUUCCAUAGAAAUUUCACCGAAAUUUAAAAAAAGCAUUGUAAAAGUGCAGCAUAAAAAAUACAAUACAAAAACGAAAUACAACAACACAAUCGCAAAUUAAAACACAUAAACCACAAGCGGCCAAAAACUGGGCGCAUUGUUUCCAUGCUUCUAUUUUCUUUUUCGGCUUUUUGGUUUAACAACAGCACUGCGAUUGUGCCGAAUUAAGUGUUGACGUAGUGCGUAUAAACUGGCCUGGAAAGCAACUCGACCUCAACAACAAAGCAACAAAAAUGUAUUCGGCGGUGCGCACAAACGAUUUCGUUGAAUAUCCCGAAUCGGAGAUGGACGACCUGGAAAGCCUCUACUUCGACACAAUCUCGCUGGCAGACUCUGAGGCUGCAGCCGCCGUCGCUGCUGCACACCGCAAAUCACUCUCCCAAUCACGCAACACCAUCUACCAUUCGGCGGUGGACCUAGCCGGCGAAGAUACACCGUCAAAGCGCCGCAGUCUGCGCUCAGAAAAUGGCAGCAGCCGUAGCAAUGCCUCACUAGCGGCAGCGGCAGCUGCGGCGGCGGCAGCAAUGAACAAUCCGAACAGCCGUUUACCGUACAAUCUGAAUUAUCGCCACUCAUCCGCUUUGGAACACUACAAUAAUAGCGCGAGCAAUGCAAAUGGCAACCAUGGACCUGGCCUGGGCGCUGUGGAUCAAACGGACGCGGCUAUUGCAGCCCAAGUCAUGGCUAUGCACAACGGACGCACGCAUGCGUACGGCAACAGCAACAGCGCUGGUGGUAAAAGCAACAGCACGCCGCAGCUAAAUGCCGAUGAGGUCUCUAAGCGUCUCUUACAAAGUAGUACAAAUACUAGUAAAGAUAAGAAAUUGCCAAUUACGUACUCCCAGUGGAAAUUUAGGGUAAACAUCAGAGUUGAAUUUUUGUUUUCGUUUUGAUUUUGAACGCUUACAAAUACAAAUACAUGUAUAUACAGAAAUUGUACAUACCAACAUGUAUAUAUAUUGUAUAUUUUUUGCGUUUUGCGUCCAUAUACUGUUAUAUUUUUUUCGUGUUUUUCGAAAUUUAAUUUUUCUUCGUAUUAUUUGCAUUAAUUUCUACGUUUUUGUUUCUAUUAUUACUCUUUAACAAUUAUGCACAACUUUCUGCUCUCACAGCUAUGAAAAACACAAAUACACACACAGUAACACAAUCUGGAAUGUGGCAAAAUUUUGAAAAUAAUUGUAUUUUGUUGCAAAAUUUAAUUGCACAAUUUUACGGGAGAAUUGGUAUUACUUAUUUGCAAGAGAUUAAUCUUGAUUAAACACACUGCAAUUUUGUUUCGCACACACUUCUGCACUUCACACAUACUUGCAUACUUAUUACUUAUUUUCUUUCAUUUACUUAUCAAGUACAGUUAUAUAAACCGGUUUACUGUUUAUUUUGCACUUUUUUGAUAUUUUUUCGAAUAAUUGUUAUUGUGUUUCAUUUUUGUUUUAAAUUAUUUCAAGAAAAUCAGAAAAAGGUUAAAACUUGUAAAUUUAGACCAGGGUAGCUAAUUUUUGAAAAAAAAAAAUAAAGUCAUAGUUGGAUGAAUCCCAUCGGAAAUGAAAGAUAAAUAACAAAAAGUAAGGGAAAAAAAUUUACGGGCGUUCUGAGGUCGUGAUGAGUAAUCGAAGGGGCUUGGCUGAAUUUUUAAGGGUUAGAAUGUUUUAUCUCAGUUUCCGAAAAAACUUGUAUGGAAAGUUGUAUGGCAAUGUUGUAGGUUAAGAAAAGAUCUAUUAUAAAACUUUUGUUUACCGACAUUUUCCACAUGACUAGGUGAAAUAUGAUAUAGGUGAAAUAUUCAAAUAACCAUAAAAUAAUUUUUAUACCCUGAACAGGGUAUAUUAAGUUUGCCACGCAGUUUGUAACACCCAGGAGGAAACGUCGAGAACUCUAUAAAAUAUAUAUUAUAUAUAAAUGAUCAGCAUGCUGAGCUGAGUCGAUGUCUGUCUGUUCGUCUGUCUGUAUAUAUACGAUCCAGUCCCUCAGUUUUUAAGAUAUCGCUCUUAAAUUCAGCAUAUAAACUUUUCUCCCCAAGAAGCUGCACAUUUGUCGGAAUGGCCGAUAUCGGACCACUAUAGCAUAUAGUUGCCAUACAAACUGAACAAUCGGAAUCAAGUUCUUCGAAGAAACAUUUUAUAUUUGUGAAGGGUAUUAUAGCUUCGGUGCAACCGAAAUUAACGUUUUUUAUUGUUUAUUUUUACAAUAUGUUAUAACAUUUUUUACCUCUUACGAAAUUUAGUGUUAAAUUAACUUUCAAACACAAUGUACUUUUUUUGUUUUUGUUUUAUAUUUUUUUUUUCUCUUCUAUUUUGACCUAAUAUUUAAAAAAAAACCCUAAUUUUCAAUCCAAAUUUCCCAAGUCAAAAUAUCCGAUUUUUUUAAAAAGUCAGUAGGCUUUUCUCAAAGUGCAGAAGCCAUUUUUGGGUAUCUUUGCCGAACUAUUGUGAAAACAACACUUCAUAAAAUAAAUUUUAGAACUCUUCCUGCUCAAGAUAUAACAUUACCAGAAAGGACUAUGAAGUUUUUUCUCUCUCAAGAUACUUAAAGGAAUAAUUCGAAUAACUAGAUUUCAGAAUAAUUGCGCAAGCGAAUAUUAACCGGUUAUCCAUAUUAUCUAGAUUUUAUCAGUAUCAAUAAAAAAAAACAUUAUAGCCGUAUACUCGAAUAAGCAGAUAAACAGUUACCCCAACCUAGAAGAGUAAUAUCAAUCGAGAUCUCUCAUUUCCCUAGUAUUGUAUAUACCAGCCUAUUUAAACCUAUUUAAUUUAUGUAAACCAAUGUGCGUUUUCGAUAUAAGUGAGAGUUGACUUAGUUUCCUUAUUUAAUAAAAUAUUUUUGAAAACUCUCUUGUUACACCACUACAAGGUGGCCUUAAGCACUUUUUAUCCAAUGCUUUAUUUUCGGACCCACUAUAUUCUUAGUCUUAGGCUGUUUAUACGCUCUCUGCUCUCACUCGCCCUACUCUGCCUAAAAACACUCAGUUUACAACUUUCAUAGUUUUAUAAAAAUAUCUUUUCCUUAAAAUUUAAGUGUUAUGGAUAACAACAACAUAACUUUUAUAACAUAUACAGUCGUUUACCAUUUAUAUUGCUGCUACUGAACAACUACAUUUUUAAGCAACCAAACAUAUGUACAUAGCCACAUACUUAUUUUCUGAAAUUUAUGUUUAAAAAAAAAUGCUUUCCUUUCUUAUUUUAUAUUUUUAUGAAUUUUUACCAUUUUUCAUCAAUUGUUCUAUCUACAUUAUAUUGAUUUAAUGAACAAAUAUAAACUUAAAUAAUUUAUUGAAUAAUUUUUUUUCCACACUCGUGUUUUGAAUUUUGUUACAAAAUGCUUGAACGCUUGCGGGAACGGACACGUCGACGCUUCCAAGAUGGCAAACGCAGUGUUGAUUUCGUCUUGGCCUAUAUCGGUGACGACGAUUAUAUACCCGAAAACAGACGUAAACGCGAGAUAUUCGAAACGAAUCUAAUCAAAGAGGGUCUACAUUUGGAGCAUGACAAUACACAGCGCAUACAUUUCAUCAAAAUUCAUGCGCCACUCGAAGUGCUCUGCCGCUAUGCGGAGAUUCUAAAGAUCAAAUUGCCAAUGAAGAAGAUACCCGGUCAGGAGCUGAUAGAGGAUGACGAUUUUCGUAUCAAAUCUUGUCUGACCACCACCUGCAGCCGCAUCUUUAGUUGGCUAAGAGUCAGUCCGGAGCGUCCAUAUCGCAUACACUUUGAGUUCUCCCGCAAUUAUGAGCAUUUAUUCGACUGGGAGCAACCGAAUUUCUUCGAUGCUGGCGUGCGUAACGCGAUCAUCAACUUCAUAUUAGAGCGCCAGCAUUUUGUUGAAGGCGAAGAAACACCUGAUAAUUUGGGUAUUGAGAAAUUAUUGGAGGACCGUGUCUAUCACAGCGCAUAUCCACUGCAUGAUGAUACGGACCGUGACUUCCUACUGCAAGAAUGGGCUACGCUAAGAAAAUGGAUACACUUGCAACCAUUGGACAGCAUAAAGGAGUAUUUUGGUGCGAAAGUUGCCUUAUAUUUUGCCUGGUUGGGUUUCUACACACACAUGCUAAUACCUGUCAGCGUAUUGGGCAUAUUAUGUUUCAUUUAUGGAUUCGUAACGUGGAAAAGUGAUCCCAUAAGUCGCCAAAUUUGCAACGAUAACCAAACGACUCUGAUGUGUCCACAAUGUGAUCGCAAUUGUGACUACUGGCUCUUGGAGAAGACUUGUAACUCAUCGAAAAUGAAUUAUCUGAUCGACAAUAAUAUAACAGUGGUAUUUGCAUCGAUAAUGGCGCUUUGGGCUGUUAUCUACCUGGAGCUCUGGAAGCGCUAUUCGGCCACUUUAGUGCAUCGUUGGGGUUUGACAACCUUCUCACAGCACGUUGAACAUCCGCGUCCGCAAUAUUUAUCAAAACUGCAAAGGCACAAAGAUAUCACAGAGCGUUGGAAGAAAAGCAAUAAUAUACUGGAACCGGAUGUGCCGUUUUGGCGUAUAAAGUUCCUGCCCAGUUUCACCAGCUACAGCAUUAUGGUCUUGUUUAUCUGCGUCUCACUCAUCGCCAUCUUCUCCAUGAUAGUCUAUCGCAUGGCACAGAAAGCAUCGCACAGCAUAUUGGGCAGUGAUAAUUCGAUGACCUACAAAAUAAUGGUGCUUCCCAUGACCGCUGGUAUUAUCGAUCUAAUCGUAAUCUCCAUGCUUGAUUAUGUCUACACUUCACUGGCCGUUUAUCUCACGAAUAUGGAAUAUUGUCGCACCCAAACUGAAUACGAUGAAAGUCUGACAGUCAAAAAUUAUAUCUUUCAAUUUGUCAACUACUAUUCCUCGCUGUUUUAUAUCGCCUUCCUGAAAGGCAAAUUUGUGGGUUAUCCUGCCAAAUAUAAUCGCAUAUUGGGCUUCCGACAGGAAGAAUGCAACCCUGGCGGCUGUUUAAUGGAACUUUGCAUGCAACUGGUCAUCAUUAUGGUCGGCAAGCAGGCGGUCAAUGCCAUCGUAGAGAUGCUAUUUCCAUAUAUUAUGCGUUGCAUACGCAAGCUGUCUGCGCGCAUGGGCAUGCGCAAAAUCGAGAGCGAAGAGAAACUGAUAUCGUGCAAUCAGUGGACUGAAGACUAUCAUUUAGAGCCAUCGAAUACGAACUCACUGUUCUCGGAGUAUUUAGAAAUGGUUCUGCAGUUUGGCUUCAUCACACUCUUCGGCUUAGCCUUCCCACUAGCGCCGCUGCUGGCCUUGCUUAAUAAUGUCAUAGAAGUGCGUUUGGACGCCAUAAAAAUGCUGAAGCUUAUACGACGUCCGGUGGCGCAACGCGCCAGCAAUAUUGGCGUGUGGUACAACAUGAUGGCGAUCGUAGCGCGCAUUGCCGUUGCUUCAAGCGCUAUGAUCAUUGCAUUUUCCACAAAUCUCAUACCGAAACUGGUCUACACAACUGCCACAAAUGACGCAUCCUUAGAGGGUUAUUUGAAUUUUACGCUGGCGUACUUCAACACAGAGGACUUCCAAGUGCAACCAGUGCUGCGGGGGAGCAUCUAUGAGAAUGUAACCUCCUGUCGUUAUACGGAAUUCCGCAAUGCUCCUUGGGAUGAACAACCAUAUAAGCGCCCUACAUAUUAUUGGAAAAUUCUAACGGGACGUCUGGCGUUUAUUGUAGUUUUUCAGAAUGUCAUCGGCAUGAUACAAGGCAUAAUCGCCUGGGCCAUCGCCGAUGAGCCGAGCAAAUUGCGCAAGCGCAUCAAACGUGAAGGCUUCCUGUUGCGCGAACACAUUAUCGAAUAUGAAAAGAAAACGGCAGCAGAAAAGGCAGCAGCGCGUCGUGCCAUAGACGAAGCGCAAUACGAAGAUGAGAAAUUAGAUUACUACGCGAACAACAACAAGCAGCACACGACGCAGCCGCAGACGGUGCAACGUGAUUAUGGCGAUAAUGAUAAUGUCGUUUAUAGAAAUGAGCGCACAACGCCGCUGUAGAACAACGAUUUACUAACUGUAAUAUACGUUAUAAAUAGUUUUACUUUGUAAGUCAAUGGUGAACAAAACGGUAGGGCUUCUGCAGACCUGCUAUAUACAUUUAGUACUGAAUUAUGGUAAUGGCUAUAAUUAAGUAGGUGAUUCCGCAAGCACAAAAGCUAACGGAAAUGCAAAAUGUAGCUAGACAAUAUGUUUGUAGGUGGUUUGUAGAUUUUUUUAAUUUUAUUUAUUUUUUCUAACCUCAUUUCGAAUAUUUCUAGACUGCAUUAAAAUUGCCCCGCAUACUCAGGCAUACCCGUAUAUACAGUUAACACGUAUGUGCGUUUGUGUGUGUGAGUUUGUUGAAUCGAAAUAACGUUAUUGUUAGGUACUUAAAGUGUUUUAAGCAAACACAUCAUUGUUAUCCAUGUAAAUAUAUAUAAUUAAAUUUUUAGUAAAUACUGCUAAUUAGCAUACAAAAAAAAAUACAAACCAGUGAAAUAGUAACAAAAAAAUGCUCAAGAAAUAUUCAUACAUUUUUCAUAGCAAUUUGUAAUAUUCAAAGAAAAAUUACAUAUAUACAUAUAUAUGUAUGUAAGUAGGCUAUAUAAAGCAGCUAUUGCAUAGAAAAAGCAAUAAAAAAUUUUAAUUUUAACGCAAAACCUGAACGCAUACGUCAAAACAUACAUAUGUUAAUCAAUUGUUAUAUGGAAAAAAUUUUUUUUAAAUUUGAUUUGUUGCAUUUUCAACCACAUUUGCCUUAAAGUACGUGCAUAAAUGUAAAAAUUUAUAUAUAUUAAUACAUUUCAUAUGUUUAUAAAGCAAACAGUUUAUAGUUGAGUCCAAAAGCGCCACACGUACACACGUACAUGAAUAUAUAAAUAUUUAUAUGUUUAUACCAGCAGGUGUGUGUGUCCAUUUUUCGUAGCAAUAGUACUGAAAAAUAGCUAAAACGCAUUAAAAAAUUACAAUUUAAAUAGAUUAACACAAUUUACUACAAAAUGCUAUUUUAAAUUAGAAGAAAAUAAAAAAUAAAAAUAGUAGCAGUUUUUAACGAAAUUAAUUAAACGCCAGCCAAACAAAAAAAUAUGAAAAAAUAAUAAUAAAAAUCAUUACAUAUACCUAUACAUACAUUCAUACUCACUCAAGCUGAAAGCAACCAGUCACAAAUAAAUAUAUAUGCAUUAGGGUGAGCCAAAAAAAAUUUCUAAUAAAUUUAUGACUAGCAAUUAGCAUAUAUACAGAGAAAACAAUAUUUCUGGCAGGAUUCGAAGUUUCCCAAAAAUACCAUAAUUUUUUAACCGUUUAAGAUAAACUUUUUUUCAAAUUUUUUAUUUAUUUUUUAUUUUUUUUAUGUUACAUAUGCACUUUUUUAAUCAAAAACAUUAAAACUGCAUUUAUAAAUUUUUUCACUUUACAAAGUUUUGAAAUACACGAAUUUUUGGAAAAAAAAUCAUCUGAAAUACAAUUUUUAAAAAAUUUUAUGCUAUAGAAUAAUUUGCGUUGUAAAAAUUUUUUUGCUGAACGGUACAAAAGUGAUGGUAUUUUUGUUGAAACAAGAUUUUUUUACGUGUUAUUUAUUUGGAAAACUUUGAAUGCUCAUCGACAGCUUUUAAAAUUAAGCUAAAAAUGCUGCGAUAUCUUUUUCGCUGCAUUUUAACCCAUAAAUUCAACUUUAGUUAUUUUUUUUUUUUUGGUUUGGUUUGGUUUGGCUCGCCCUAAUAUACAUACUUAUACAUACAACUCGUGUACCUAUCAAAUUGCACUUCUCUUUCAAUGUUAACAAAACUAUACUACUCACAUACAAUUACAACUACAACACUAAGAGCAUUAUUUACCAGAUUCUAUAUACAUAUAUUAUAUAUCUGUACACAUGCAUAUACAUAUGUAUGUGUACAUACUCGUUAUGUAAUUAUGCUAUUAUGAAAUAUGUACUGUUAAAUGUCUGAAAAUUAUUUACGAACUUUUGUAUAUUUUAUAUGAGAUUUUAUUAUUAUGUGUGGAAAGCGUAAAUCUGUUCUAAAUAUAUAUACAUUAUGAAUUAUAUAUGUAUAUACCUAUGUUUCUAUUUACACAACACAUUAUCCUAUACUCAUAUGUAUGCAUGUAAAUGAACACACAAACAAGUGAUUGAAUGCAUUUGCAUUAUUCGCCGCUAUUCUUUAAAUGGCAUCACAUAUUAAACGCAAGUAAUACAAUCCAAAAAGUACCUUAUAUGUACAAUACAUAAUGUACAUGUAUAUACAUAUGUAUGUAUGCAAGUACAUAUAAAUAAAUGAAAAUAAACUAAUACGAAAUAGCACUUGAAAGCGUUCGAAAGCGAAA